AUGGCUUUAGUUCCAACUACUACUAUACCAGAUGGAGCCGUCUUCACCGAAGUCGAUAUGGGCGCGGACUCUGCUGCUCCCACUGUUCGUGCCACCGUCGUUCAAGCUUCGACCAUCUUCUACGAUACCCCUGCUACUAUAGAUAAGGCAGAGAGACUGAUUGCUGAUGCAUCUGCAUUGGGGUCGCAGUUGAUUGUUUUUCCUGAGGCUUUUAUUGGUGGUUAUCCUCGUGGUUCAACCUUUGGUGUCACUAUUGGUGCUCGUUCGCAAUAUCAUGCAGCAGCCAUAGACGUGCCAGGACCUGAAGUUGAUCGAUUGGCAGCAAUUGCUGGAAAGUAUAAAGUUUAUUUAGUGAUGGGUGUAAUAGAGAGAGAGGGAUACACACUCUAUUGCACUGUUCUGUUUUUCAAUUCUCAAGGGCAAUACCUUGGGAAACACCGGAAACUUAUGCCAACAGCAUUGGAACGCAUAAUAUGGGGUUUUGGAGAUGGAUCAACAAUUCCAGUAUUUGAGACUUCAAUUGGAAAGAUAGGUGCCCUCAUUUGCUGGGAGAAUCGGAUGCCUCUAGCGAGAACCGCAAUGUAUGGUAAAGGCAUUGAGAUAUAUUGCGCACCUACAGCAGAUUCCAGGGAUAUAUGGCAGGCAUCCAUGACCCAUAUUGCUCUUGAGGGAGGAUGCUUUGUUCUAUCUGCAAAUCAGUUUUGCAGAAGGAAAGAUUACCCUCCUCCACCAGAAUACACGUUUGCAGGUACAAAUGAAGAAUUGUCACCCGAUUCCAUUGUUUGUGCUGGAGGCAGUGUCAUUAUUUCACCAUCAGGGCAAGUCUUAGCUGGACCCAAUUAUGAAGGAGAGGCUCUCAUCUCAGCUGAUCUAGAUCUUGGAGAAAUAGCACGGGCAAAGUUUGAUUUCGAUGUAGUUGGGCAUUAUGCUAGGCCGGAAGUAUUGAGCUUGAUGGUGAGGGACCACCCAACCACCCCUGUUUCUUUCACAUCUGCAUCGAAGGAAGCAGGACCACAGAAGCCAUAACAUAUUCUUGGCAUCAUGGGCGACUCUAUAUACUCCAUAAUUGGGAAAGCUCUAUCAUAUAUAUAUAUAUAUAUAUAUAUAUUAUUGAGAACUCAAGUAGUGUCAUGGCUUCACCCCCAUGGUGAUGAAUGCCAAAAUUAAUAAAGGUGUAUUUAAGUCUGGUUUGUCAUUGUUUGUGUUUGACAUGAUUAGAAACACCAAACCAAUUUGAUGGUGCAUAUUCUAUGACAUUCUGAAGGUCCUAAUCUUUCUCCAUUACCAAAAGAGAUUUUAUUA